AUGACGCCUGCAGAAAGACAACGCCAGUGGAGGGCUAAGCAGAAACAGGACCCGGAGAAAUAUGCUGAAAUCAAAAGAAAACAAGCCAAGAGAUAUCAAGCCCGAAAACUUAACAAAACAAAUGUCCAAAAUACAACUUCAGCUUGCCAUACGGGAAUGGAGAUAGAAGUCAAAAAUAAUAGGGGGUUAAAAUGA